UCAAGCAGCCGACCCGAGUGAGAUCGCUCUCGACUCCCCGGCCCCUUGUUUAUACCUGUGUGUAUGUGACACAUGGAUAAAGUGGGUAUAAUCGAAUGUAAAAGGCGAGGCAUAAAGGGGGAGGAAGGCCUCACUUGAUUGUGUUUGACGACAGGCAUCUGGGCAACGACGAGGUAGUGGCACGCGUAAAUAUAUCAAUGCUCAACCAGCGCCAUCGUGUUGCGAUAAAGAGCUACAGUUUAUCCGGUUAAAACCUCACUCUCUCUCUCCCUCGGCACUUGGACCGAGCCGGCAAUUUUGUUUCAUUCGUUUUGUUGGUUUUAGGCCUUUCGUUUCUCUAUUUCGUCCCCUGUGAUUUCACUUACCCUCUCUUCGACGGUGAACUGCGCACAUUCUUGCGCAUAAUCGACGUUGCUGGAUAGUUCCGGCUUAGUUAAUCGAGCCACAUCGCUCUCAUCUAUCUGCACAUGUUUUUUUCUUAGUUUGUUCGAGUGGUUCUCGCUUUUUUUUGCGCCUCUGUUGUUCUCCCUCCAGAGUUGUCGAUGCGGCGCUUGACAUUCGCCCUCGUGAUUAUUGAUUUUUCGGGUUUUUAGGGGAGCGUGGAGCGUGGGGGACGUGGGUUUGUUUUUUUUUCAUUGUUUUGAACAGGUGUUGCCCCUGUUGCGGAAUAAUGAAUAUGUCGAUGUAAAUCGUUUUUGGUAUUUGAUAAUUUUGCAAUUCCGUUGUUCAUUGAGAGGAGAUGCAGAUGAAUUUCAUGGGAAAUAUUCGGUUGAUUCCACGAAAAAAUAAAAAUUCAUGAUUUGCUUUCAUUUUAAAUGAAAUUUUCAGAUUUUAGGAUUCAUGAAAUGGGUCACGUGGGCUCAAGCUGGCCAUUGGGAUUCUACCGCCAAAUUUGGAGCUAUAAGUCAUGCGCAUAACGAGAAAUUAUGGAAAAUGAGGGACUUGAGAAUGUGCAGUUCAGUCAUGAGGAAUUGGUGAAUUUAACGAGGGAGGCUAUUUAUAAAAUCAUCGAGAGUGAUCCAUUGUUUCGGGGACUUCCGUCAGAUGCAACUGUUGAGGAGAUAAAAGCGCAAACUGCAGUUGCACAAGGCCAAGCAAUAACUGUCUAUUUGACCAGGGGAAAACUCCCAAAACUCGCUAUAGUGAUUCCACCUCACAACACAACAGUUCUAGAUCUCAAGAAAGCAAUAGAAUGCCAAACAAAUUUAUCACUGAAGCGAGAAAAAGUCUAUAAGAAAAUAAGUUGGAAACACGUCUGGAAAAAAUACCAUAUCCAUUUCGACGAAAUUCCCCUCAGCAACGAUGAAGAAAACAUAAAGACUUACGGAGUAUCAAAUAGAGUAGAACUUCAUUACAGAAAGCGUUACAGAGAGAAGAAUAAAAUUCGUCACGGUGUAAAAAAUUGAUAAUUCAAUAAAUCUGGAGUAAUAAAUUUA